UCUUCUUCAUUGCUUCUAAGCCAUGGCACCUUAUGAGACAAAAUUCUGCGAGCAUUAUAUGUUUCUUAACCCAGAAGAUGCAAGUUUAUGUGAUCUCGUUCGCUUUCUGUUUUUCUCGACAUCAGAAACAAGUAGAUUCAUCCGGCGCACGAAAGAGGAAAAUGGAGAUUUUUGGCGCCGAUGGUACAUAUUCAACUCCCUCUUUGCACAGAAACUCCUCCUUUUCUGGGGAAAACCCAUGGUUCAGGUGGGAUAUAUGCUGGAGCUGUGGCUGAAUCUUCUUUUACGAAAUGGGGGAUUUCUCAUGCUGUUGUCAAAUCUUGUAAAAGGAAACACGGUGUGGCCAGAUAGUUCAUCGGCGACGUUCACAUCUGUGGUAGGAAUUCUCGAUCAAAGAGUGAAAUUAGACAAAAACAUUAGACCUGGUAACCCAAAAUAUAACGCGUCCCUCACUAUGAUGGCCUCCAAAUUGGCAUACGAAAAUGAAGCUUUCGUUCAAACCACAAUCAAAGAUCAGUGGAGUAUGGAAUUCUUGGGGUUCUAUAACUUCUGGAAUGAUUACCUAGGACAACCUUCAACUCAAGCCAUGAUGUUCCAAGAAACAAGAGCUGAUCAACCUAACCUGAUCGUGGUUGCAUUUAGGGGCACCUACCCAUUCAAUCCAAUAGCAUGGCAGACAGACGUUGAUCUCUCGUGGUUUGAGCUUCAAAGCGUAGGUAAGAUUCAUAGUGGCUUUAUGAAAGCUCUCGGCCUGCAAAAGGACAAAGGUUGGCCCAAAGAAAUAGAGCAAGGAAGUAACCAACGACAAUUUGCUUACUAUGAAAUCAGAAAAAGGCUGAGAGAAAUAUUGCAAAAGAAUGAGAAUGCAAAAUUUAUAUUAACGGGACACAGCUUGGGUGCAGCGUUAGCGAUUCUGUUUGUGACUGUUCUAGCAAUACACGAAGAGGCAUGGUUGUUAGAUAAGUUGGAGGGGGUGUACACAUUUGGGCAACCAAGGGUGGGAGACAAGCAACUUGGGGAUUACAUGAAGGAGAAGUUGAAGAAGUAUGAUGUAAGAUAUUUGAGGUAUGUUUACUGUAAUGACAUGGUGCCUCGGAUCCCUUAUGAUGAUGACACUCUCUUUUUUGAGCACUGGGCGCCGUGCCUCUACUACAAUAGCCUCUAUAAAGGGAAGGUUCGAUACGAGCCGAAUGAGAACUACUUCUCAUUAUUAUGGGUUAUUCCGAAGUGUGUAAAUGCAGCUUGGGAGCUACUCCGGAGUUUCAUAAUCCCAUAUAUAAAGGGUCCGGACUACAAAGAAAGUUGGUUAAUGAAAAUGAUUAGGGUGGUUGGAUUGGUAAUUCCCGGAUUAGCAGCACAUUGUCUUCAAGAUUAUGUUAACGUUACCCGAUUGGGGUCCAUAGCUCAAGACCUCAAAGACCCAAUUCACCAAAGAGAUUCUCAAGUAGAUUGGCACACGCGCUAGAUAUCAAGGUUUUUAUGGCCUUCUAAAAACGUCCACUGACGUUUUCUAGCCUGUUCAGCACAUCCACGUGUUGCCAAGGCUCACUGUCUGUUCAGCCGCGCGCCACCAUAGUCCUCCAAUUGUUGCAGUAGCCACGCCUUCAGAAAGAUCUUCAACUGACAAGUCCAAAUCAGCCAAGAAAACAACCAUCCUACCUUCAACGCUCUCUCACGCGCCACAAGUAGUUUAUGAUAGCUGCUCCAUGUGCCAUCGCCAGCCACCACGCACCGGAAGUUUCUGAUCGCUCCAUCAGCCUUUCGAGGAAGAAAACUACAAAUUCAAUAUCGGACGCUGCCGAUCUACCUGUUCAUGGCCAGCACAUGCCCCCACGCGCCCAUAUAGUGUUUUUAUUAGUGGAUUUCUCCUCCACGUGCAGCUGCCGAACUUCCCACAAUGUCACUAUCAUCCAGUUUCAGAGAAAAACCCCACCAAAUUUGUGAUGGGAGGGAGCCAAUCUACCUAUUCAUGAUUGUCACGCGCUCUGAUGAGAUUGCACGCACCGGCACAUGCCACCUAUAGGUCUCUUCGUAGUUGAGCCCACGAUUCCACCUGCACUUGCGUUAAACGGGAUCACAGCCCGCCAGUUCACCUGUAUGCGCCACACUAGAUCACAAGCUUGAGUUUCUACUCUCCUUUUGAUGUACUCACCCACACCAGAUCAUAUCCUUCAGCCAAGCUCACAAGCUUAGAGUGCUCCUGCAUGCACUAAAUCUGAACCCAUCUAGUGGGUCCUGAAGAAAAAUUAAAAAAUAAAAAAAAAAAGCAAUCCAAACAAAGCACUUCAUAUGCGCCACGUGCCAUGUCGAGUUUGGUGCACCAACCCGAUAACCGCCCAAUUGGGCUCAUCUUUUCUUUUCUUUUCUUUUUCCCCCUUCUUGGCCCACAACGCCAAACGAUAACCGCCCACGUGGGCUCAUCAUUUUUGUUUUUGUUUGUUAAUGGUCCACAGUCGAUCCUUUUUUAAUUUUUGGCCCGUUGUCGGCUCAUUUUCAAAAAACAAAAAAAAGUGGAUCAUUCAUUUUUCAGUUUCAAGCCCAAGUUGGCGUUCGUUAGUCUUCACUACCGGCUGUCACCUGCCGCCCGCCAGCCUCUUGUCUCCUUCGGUAGCAUCCGUCAGUCUUACCACUGCCUCCGUUUUCUAUUUUCAAACUCAAGCUUCCAAAAUUUUUCACCUUGAGUUUAAAGGGGAAUGUUAGAAUAUAUUCUAAAUAUAAUAUUAUUGAUUUAUAUUUCUUAGUCUAUGUCAAUUUGUGUUUCCUAGUAUAAAUCGAUUUAGGUCUACUAGUAUAUAUUGACUUAUUCAACUAUAAAUAGAGACCUAUAUAUUGUAAACAAUCAAAUUAUUUAGCAUAAUGUAACUCAUUGGGCUUUACCUUGUA